AUGCUCGACGACGACGGACCUACGAAAGAAAAAGACAGCCUGCUGUGCAACCUGCUGUUUUACACGUCGCAAUUUGGUCACGUCGACGCUGCACGACAGCUCCUAGAGCACGGCGCCCGAGGUAAAGAGUUAGGAAUGUCAUACGCGUGCGAACGGGGUCAUGCAGACAUGGUGCAGCUGUUCGUCGAAUACGGUGUCGAAAUCAACCCGGAUGAUACGAUAUUGCUGUUCGAAGCGUGUGAAAAAGGGCAUGUCGACGUGGCGCGAGUGUUGCUGGAGCAUGGUAAAUAUAACGACGAAUACCGCGAGUUCUCCAAAGAAGAACAAGGGAUCGAGCCGCUCCUCAUCGCGUGCAUCGGAGGCCACGUCGACGUGGCACGUCUGUGCUUGAACUACGGCGCCGAUGUUAACCAGUGGUCUGGAGACCGUUUCGAUAUGUUUCCGUCGGACGAAGAUGGAGUGAUGACGCCGCUGUCCGUGGCCUGUGCAAAGUCGAACGCCGACCUCAUGCGACUGCUCCUCGAGCAUGGCGCCGAGGGCGAGCUGCCGUCGCUGCAAUCGGCCUGCGCGCGGGGCGACGUCAGCAUGGCGGAGCUCAUCCUCGAAUACACUGACGACCGCUGUGUGGUGACGCACGACCGGCGCGGCGUUCCGCGCGUCUACCGCAAGCCAAUCGUGCGCCUCCUGCGGAAGGACUACGCCAUGUCUCUCUUCUUCAAUGUCAUCGGCCAUCGCGACGAGCAUCCGGAGCGGCAGGAGGCUCGCGACGUCGUGCCGCGCGUCGUCUCGUACCUCACGCCCCGCGCGGAGCACGCCUGA